AUGAAUGCCUGUGACUAUCACGCCGAGGUCCUAGAAUCGAAUCCCAUUCUCGACAAACUCACAAAAAAAAUAAGUUCUGAUAACCUUCAGCAAGUCUACAUCGACGAUCCUGACGUUCAGAACAAACUUCAGUUCACCAAAUCGAUAACCUUCAUCACACACGGAUGGCUGGGAAACCACUCCAGCUACUGGAUGCUACAGUCGGCUAGUGACAUUCUUCAAUACACGGACAGCAGUGUAUGCCUGGUUGCGUGGGAUCACUUGGCAAAAUACGUGUAUCCACAAGUGGCCCAGCAGCAUGCUCCACGAGUAUCAGAAUACAUGACACGGUUCGUCAGAUUUCUCAAUCAACAAGGAAUACCUCCACAAAACAUGACCCUGGUUGGUCACAGCAUAGGAGCGCACGUAUGCGGACAAGUUGGACACAAUUUGGGAGGGAAGAUUGCGGAAAUCUAUGGCCUUGAUCCGGCAGGUCCCAUGUUCACUCAUCCGACGAGACAGGAAUCCAGUUUUCGGCUGGACAGUACCGAUGCAGGAUAUGUUCAGAUGAUUGUUACUACGCGAGUCAUCUUGGGCGUCAACUACGGUGACGGACACGCGAAUUUCUACCCUAAUGGAGGAACAUCUCCGCAAAAAAGCUGCGAUUCUCCCGGUACAAGUAGCUCGGACUGGGCACAGGAAGUUUCAUGCAGUCAUUCGUAUGCUACGGUAUUGUUUCAGUGUUCGAUAAACCCCGCGGUUAGUUAUGAAGCACGACGUUGCAGAGAUUGGGUGCUUUUCAAGCGUGGUUUGUGUAAUGCAAAUCAGAUUGAUAUGCUUGGAUUGCACAGUAGGAAAAUGAAAGGGGAUUUUUACUUGGAAGUGUAAAAAAAAUUGUAAAUGUUGUGGAAACACGGGUUUGGGCAAGCUAUGGAAAUAUUAUGAGCAGAGGCAGAAAACAGCAGAUGUUCGGAGGACAUUUUUUAUUUUUGUUUGUGGUCAAUGAGUGGAAGAUGUGUUUACUAUCUCAAGAAUUGAAACGUACCGAAAAUUUCUAGGAAAAUUCUAUAAUUCGAACUCAUGGCAACCUCAAACAUCACUUUGAAACUUUUAAUGAUCACUACCAUGUUAAUUGUAUCAGACGAAUUUCUGUAACAUCCAGGGAGCUUUCAAGGAGAUUUCAGUAGGUCCCAGAGACAUUUCAUCAGCUCCUUAAUGAGAGCUAAGAGAGGAUUUACGUGGAGCUUUUAUUAAUUCGUCGUGGAAUUCUCCUUAUAAGGUAUAAGGUAUAAGGUAUAAAUACGCCCUUUUGAAAACCCCUGAAAUACUUUUGGAAUCGCCAUUAAACCUCUAAAAGUCACCUGAAAUUAUGUAAAUAACGACUUGGAACCGUUUGGAGCAAUUGAGGAUACUCCCGAAAUGCAUCAUAAACCCUUCCAAUGAUUUCUUAAACCCUUUUAAUUCGUCAAUGAAAUCCCCCUGAAACCUCCUUGAAUCACUUUGUUGCCCUCGGAAACCCCCUAAAACUUCUUGAAAACAUUUUGAAAGUCUUCUUGGAACCUCUAUGAAACUAUCUGAAAUCUCUAGAGAACCCAUGACACACCCUGAAAUCUCGCAGUUUUAUACAUAUAUUUUCCUCAGUUUACCUAUAUUGAAACAGUGAACAGUUAUUGGAGGAUGUAUGGUAAAAUUUUCGGCACUUUCGCUUACCGCGAUCCAUGUUCCAAAGUCAACCAGUCUUUGGACCUCUUUUUUCACGUUUGAAACCGUUGAAUUACAAUCUCGCAGCAUAUUUUGUUUCAAAGCAAGAUGGAACAGCUAUUGAUCUUCCAUAAAGUGUACAACAUUUUUUUUUCUCGCACCUUCACUUGAAUCACUUGGAUCUUGACCACAACAAACCACACGACUAAGCAAUUUACAGAAUAAAAACAAUAUACUUCGUAGAGUAACUGUACACACUUUGAUUCAUUUCUGUCCACUGGGAAAACAGUUACAACUAGUUUGAAGUGUUGCAAGAAUUUCGUGUUCGGCCUUUAAUCAAGAUUACAUUAUACGUGACCGUUGUAACCACCUCUAAAAUUUUUGAGGCCCUUUAGCCACAGCUGUAAAGGCGUGGGUAUUCAGCAUGACCAUGUUGAGGAUGACGGAUUCGAUUCCCAGUCCAGGAGCUUUUCGUAAUGGUAAUUUCUUUGACUUCCUUGGGCGUAUAGUAUCUACGUGCCUGUUACACGAUACACACAUGUAAAUAGUUUUUGGCAGAGGAAGCUCUCAGUUUAUAACUGUGGAUGUGCUCAUGGAACACCUAGAACACUGCUGAGAAGCAAGCUUUACAUAUACUAGGGAGGACGUCACACCAAGCAGAGGAGGGAGAGUACCCCUAAAACUUUCUAAAGCCUCCAAAAACACCAUGAAAUCACAUGAAAACUUCUGAAACCCACCUAAAAUUCGAAUCCACCUAAAUCUCUACAGAAUCAUUUCUGAUACUUCUCUCACAUAGCUAAAAUUGCAAAAACCUCUAGAAAGUUCCUGAAACCCAUAUGAAAUUCCCUCAAAUUGCCUUGAUGUCAAACUUACGAGUUUUUCAUAUCUAAUCAGCACUUUAGAUUGGUUAUGCUCAUGGUCAGAAAUUGGCAUCGGAAAUGGUGAAAAUUGAAAAAUGUCAUAACAAUAAUGAAAUAUUGUGUGGA